AUGAAAUCAAUGGAAGAUCAGGUGGUACAGGAAGAGCCAGGGUACCAAGAUGAUGAGGAAUCCUUUUUCCAGGACAUUGAUCUGUUACAGAAGCAUGGGAUUAAUGCGGCUGAUAUUAAAAAGCUGAAAUCGGUUGGCAUUUGUACAAUUAAAGGAAUUCAGAUGACAACAAAACGGGCACUAUGCAAUGUGAAGGGACUUUCAGAGGCCAAAGUGGAGAAGAUUAAAGAGGCAGCAAACAAGCUUAUAGAACCAGGAUUUCUGACUGCUUUUGAGUACAGUGAGAAACGCAAGAGAGUAUUCCAUAUCACCACAGGGAGCCAGGAAUUUGAUAAACUGCUAGGAGGUGGGAUUGAAAGCAUGGCCAUCACAGAAGCCUUUGGAGAAUUCCGAACAGGGAAAACUCAGCUUUCUCAUACUCUUUGUGUGACGGCCCAGAUUCCAUCAGCAGAUGGUUACACUGGUGGGAAGAUUAUCUUCAUUGACACAGAAAACACCUUUCGUCCUGACCGUCUUCGCACCAUUGCUGAUCGCUUCAAUGUAGACCAGGAUGCAGUUCUGGAUAACGUACUGUAUGCACGAGCAUACACUAGUGAGCAUCAAAUGGAAUUGCUUGACUACGUGGCUGCAAAAUUCCAUGAGGAAGCCGGCAUUUUCAAACUAUUGAUCAUUGAUUCCAUUAUGGCACUGUUCCGUGUGGAUUUUAGUGGCCGUGGGGAACUGGCGGAAAGGCAACAGAAACUUGCUCAGAUGCUGUCAAGGCUUCAGAAAAUAUCUGAAGAAUAUAAUGUGGCUGUAUUUGUGACCAAUCAGAUGACUGCUGACCCAGGAGCAACUAUGACCUUUCAGGUAGACCCCAAGAAGCCCAUUGGGGGCCACAUCCUUGCCCAUGCUUCUACAACAAGGAUUAGUUUGCGGAAAGGAAGAGGAGAGUUGCGUAUUGCCAAGAUAUACGAUAGCCCUGAAAUGCCUGAAAACGAAGCCACAUUUGCAAUAACUGCUGGAGGAAUUGGAGAUGCCAAAGAGUAG